GCACUGCAGUGCCUUAGACCACCGUGCCACACGGGAGGUCCUGAAUAUUCUAUUCUAUUCUACUAUUCUAAAGUUGAAGUUGUCUGCUGUGUUUUGAACCUCUAGCUGAGAUGUGGCUGUCUGUUGUGUGCCAACCAUUGGUAAAAGCAGAGUAUUGACAAGUGUUUUCCCCCCACACCGAGACUGUGUAUCUGUCUGCUGUGUUGGAGAAAGUGUCCUAAACCGUGGGCUGUUGUGUAAUCCCUCACUGGGCCCCUUGCUAUUUCUGUGCCUGGGUCCCGCGUCACGCUUGGGUAUUUUCUCUGGUGACUAGCUCACAUCAAUAGAUCUCCUAAUGCACGCUCAGUCAGCCAGCAUCAGCGGCUGCAACGUCUGAUUGAUACGAUUUUACCCUCGCUAAAUCUGAUCAUAAUUGCUUAUGCUAUUACUAUAGCCCAGGGAUGUGGAGAAUGGACAGCUGUUAUUUGCAAUAUGAGGAAUGUGACAUGUGACUGGCGAUGUGGGACAAGAAGAGAGUAUACUAAUGUCAGAUGACCCUUUCCUGCAACCAGUGCUAAUAUUACUACUACAGUAAAAUAACAGACUUUAUCAUCUGUAGGAAAUCAACCCUGAAGAGGAAGGUGACAUUGGAAUCGUCAUGGAGUCACUAGAAACUACUGCAGAGGUGAAAAGCUCUAAAGAGGCUCUGGAUAAGACAGUUCCCCAGAGAAAGUCAGCAGCACCUAUGACUGCCCAAACUAAAAUGCCCCCCUCGGCUGAUUCGGAAGGGGAGGGGUGGCAUCUAUGCCCAGAACCAGAAGAGGACCAGAGUAGAACCACAUAUUGUUCAACAGAUAUGUCUGACUCAGGGAAACUCAGACAAUUAGAAGGGAAAUCACUACGUCAAUUACAGGAUCAACCCUGCAGUCAUCCUCAUUACAACGUAUUAACCUCAUAUCCACCACAGGAGAGACAGACAGUUCCCUUUGCUAGACAGAAAACAGCAGAUCACUUGCUUUCUGCACUGCCACUUGUCAGCUGUGGAGGGCCCUCUCCUCAGAGGAGCUCCCCCAGUUUACCCGUGUCUCUCCAACACUGUUCCCAGUCAGGAAUAGAGGAACUAUCCAAGGAGGUGUGUAGUAAGUUGGAGCAGAAGCAGCAACAGAGACCUGGGAAGUAUGUUUGUGAUUAUUGUGGGAGGGCAUGUGCCAAACCCAGCGUACUUAAGAAGCAUAUUCGCUCACAUACUGGGGAGAGACCCUACCCCUGCGUGCCCUGUGGUUUCUCCUUCAAAACCAAGAGCAAUUUAUACAAACACAGAAAAUCUCAUGCUCACUCAGUCAAAGCUGGGACAGUGCCAUUUUCAGAACUGGGUUCUUACAAUGUCAACAUGGAGGACCGGGGAUCUUUAGAAGGAGAAGGAGAGUUCUACUCUGAUCCUGAGCAGAGCUCGGACACGGACGAAGACGAUUCAUCGCUCUUGGACACUGUUUCAGUGGAGGAACCCGAUAGCACCACUGCUGUUAAAGUACUGAAUCUCAUUGCCCAGAAACAGGGAGUUACAUUAGCAUCAACAUUAUCUGAGGACGGUUCACCCAGGCUCUUGGAGAUCAAUGCUGCUCCAGCUGGUUCUCAGGUCAGCCAUGCAAUCCAAUCUAGCGCCAUCAAGCAGAGGCUGGCACUCCGGCUCUCAGAGAAAAGGAGCAGUGACACUGACACAUCUCUCUCCCUGCCUAGCCAGGGAAGCAAAGGCAGCACAGACUCAGGCUACUUCUCACGCUCUGAGAGUGCUGAACACCAAACAGGUGGUCCUCCCAACACGAACGCCAAGUCCUAUCAAGAGAUAAUGUUUGGAAAGUGUUACAAGCCGAACCCGAAACAACAGACCAUAACUGUUGUGACUUGCAGGACAGACUUAAUGAGCGAUCGUAAGACAUCGGAGCGAGGUGUUUCCCGCGUAUUCACACAAGAAAAGGAAUCAACGGUUGAAUCGAUCAGAAUAAACACACAUUCAUUUACAAGAGAGGCCAUUAAGGAGGCUCAACUAGAGCUCUCUGAUUCUGGACAGCUGGUCCGGAGCAACUCGAUGCCCACGUCCUCGGUGGCAUGUCAGGACAUGUCACAAGGCCUGCGAGGCAGCCACUCCUUUGAUGAAAGGGCGUCCCCUGGAGGCAUUAAGAGACUUACGAGACAGGCUGCCUUUGAACAUUCUGCACACGAUGGACCUCCUGACCACUACGGAAACAUCUCUGAUAUUUCCAACCUUGGAGUGGAGAUGGACAGUUUCAUCAUCCAACAAAAGCAAGCGAUGGAAUAUGCAACGAGGAAACGGCGGAAGGAAAACUGUGUUGCGGAGGAGGAGGAUGUAGGAGGCCAGUAUCACACAGACUAUGACCACUCUGAAGAGAUGAGGGACUAUGAUUCAAAGCAAACCUCUCAAGGUGCUCUAACCACUACAUCCUCAGUGAAAGGAUAUGCCCAAAGCGUUCACACACAGGAUAGAACACAACGUGAUAGACUGGAAAGGGAAAUGUGGGAAAAGAGAGAGCGAGAAGAGAGAAGAUCUUUAGGUAACGUCAUCUCUGUGAUUCAACACACGAACUCCCUUACCAGGUCUCUCUCUGAACAGUCAGAUUCUUACAACUACCAGAGACUGGAUAAGUCUUCCUCAAUGGACGUGGUGGAGCAAAGCGAAACUAGAGAGAUGCACAAAAGGACUGAGAUCUUUGCACACCAGUUGAGUGACAGUAGAUUAUUAGAUAAGUCGUAUCAAAUGACACCUAAGCUAGUUCGUCAGUCUAACAUACCGGUCCCAGAGAUCAGGGUGACUGUAGAACCAGACAGUCCAGAGAAAGAAAAGGCAGCGGAGGUGAAACAGGUGAAGGCGAAGGAGCCCGAUAGACAUAUAGAGGAGUUCCAAUGGCCUCAGAGGAGUGAAACCCUGUCUCAGUUCCCCCCAGAGAAACUCCCUCCAAAGAAGAAGAGACUGCGCUUAGCUGACUUGGAGCACUCCUCUGGCGAGUCUAGCUUCGAGUCGGCUUGUACGAGCCUCUCCCGGAGCCCCAGUCAAGACAGCAACCUAUCCUACUGCUCCAGCUUCUCGUUUGACCGAGAGGAGAAAGAGAGAGAGGUUAUCCCCAAGCCAGCUUCCCCGGCGGCCAGACAGGAUGAGUUUGGCAAAGCAUUGGAGUUCUUAGCGGUGCCAGGAAGCGGCUACUCCCUCUCUGUCCUGAACCAACGUCAACAACAUGAAAUGAGACGUACCUCUUCAGAACAGGCACCGUGCCACUCCCAGUGCAGAGAGCUCCCAGAGGUCCGCAGCGUAUCGUUUGACUAUGGCAGUCUUUCUCCAACGGCCAAAGUUAGACAUGCGGAACUCAGCGCCAGCUACUCGGAGCCCAGACGGGGUAACUUGGUAAGACAGGAGUCCUUGAAUGUUAACCUUGAAUUUGCACAUCCAGUCCUUCCGCUAAAUAUUCUUCCUCAGUACCUCAGCAGUGCCCUGUCGUUCUCAUCCACCGCUCUGCACUCUCAGUGUCUGCCAAUGUUCUCCCCUCAGCCGUCACACUCUGGUCUCCUAGUUCCUGUUAGAAUCCAGACUCACGUACCAUCCUAUGGUAGCAUCACAUACACCACUGUGUCCCAAAUUGUAGAUGAUCCGUUCGAAAGCGUUAACUCCACCAGAACCUCUUUACUCACUUCUCACUUCGCAAAUUUAGCCACGAAUUUGGAUACAUCUAAUCUCUUAUUAGGACACCCUCGAGGACUGUUGACCAGCCCAGUCCAGGUUCACGUUCUAGAUCUGCCCCCAGCUAAGCUGAAGACAGGCAUCCCUCUCUCCCUGACCUCCAGGACGAUCUCCACCACCAACUGUGGAUCCAGUGGUGGGUCCAACAAGCGCAUGUUGUCUCCGGCCAGCAGCUUGGACCUAUUCAUGGAGGUCAAACAGCAGAAACGCGUCAAAGAGGAGAAAAUGUACGGUGAGAUAGUGGAGGAGUUGGGUGCUGUGGAAUUAGGGAAUUAUAAUGUGACUGAAGAGAACAAGCACAGUUUAAAGUCAGAGUUUCAAAGUGACACCAACCAGGGAGCAUCACUGUCAGGCUUUCCUUCAAAAUCCUCUUUGUCUGCCUCGUCAUCGCUUCAUUCUCAUAACGAGCCAGCAAGUGGAAGCUUCAUCUCACCUCAGCAACAAGGGUCAGAAAGUCCUGAUUCCCCUAUGGAUAACUCCCCAACAGAAGCAAGCCUACAUCCACAUGCUCUGCUUUCUCUAAAGGAUUUCAAUGAGUCUGGCAUGGACAGCAAGGCACAGAUGGAGGUGCUGGUGCAGCUAGUCAAAGGUCAGGGCAUCCUCAUCUCUGACGGGGAAAACACCAAACGGAUAUCUCAAUUUCCAAGUCUCCGCACAAUGACAGCUGUGAGUUGGUGCUAUCUGAACUACACCAAGCCAAACAGCACUCACAGCAGCUCUCCCCUGUCCUCUGUGUACGCUACGUGGUGCAUCAGUUCCCAUAACCCCAACCCUCCUAACCUCAACACCAGUGACACCUUGGCUCUGCUCCGCUCCAAACAGACGACUAACACAUGGUCGUACAUGGCUGCCAUGUACCAACCUGGGACCGGGAAGCUGGUCUCCUCCUCACUCUUAUGGAGGCAGAGGCUCGGGCUGCUACAGAGCAAACCGGAGCUCAAAGAGCUGGAAGGGAGCUCCUAUGGAAGGAAAGUGAAGGAUGCCAGCUGCAGGGUAAAAGCCGGGAAGGAGGACUGGAAAGAGAGGGAGGUCUCCUCGAAACAAACAGCAGUGCCAACACCAACACCAACACCAACACCAACACCAACCCGGAUCAAAAUAUUUGAAGGAGGGUUCAAGUCCAAUGAGGACUAUGUGUACGUGAGGGGCCGAGGCCGGGGGAAGUAUAUCUGUGAGGAGUGUGGCAUCCGUUGUAAGAAACCCAGCAUGCUGAAGAAACACAUACGCACCCACACUGACGUCCGGCCCUACGUCUGCAGGGUCUGCAACUUCGCUUUCAAAACUAAAGGAAACCUGACCAAGCAUAUGAAGUCAAAGGCUCACAUGAAGAAGUGUCUUGAGCUUGGUGUGUCAGUCACAGUGGAUGAUACAGAGACACUGGAAUCUGAUGAUAUCCAGCAAGACUUGAAGACCGGGGUCUUGAGCACAGCCAAACACCAGUUCUCAGAUGCAGACGACUCCGAUGGCAUGGAUGAAGAGAUUGACGACAUCGAUGAAGAUGAUGAGGACGAGGACGACUACGACGGUGACUGUACUCCCAAGAUCCUUUCCCGGAGCACCAGCCCUCAGCCCUGUGGCGUAGCCUCUCUGUCGGUCACAGCUGCCGCUGUCAUCCAGGGUGUGUCGUCAGACGUCCAUGGCUGUCCCCUCAGUUCCUUCCAUCCCCUCCCCAGCUGCCUCUCAACCUACACCCUGUCGGGCAUCGAUGUCCACCCCCAUCCCCAUCCCCAUCCCCAUCCCGCCUCCACUGUCAGGAGGACAGGGCCAGACCGGAGGACUGUCUUGGCCUCCAGCCUGGACAAGGAAGACUGUAGCCUGGACAUGCUGUCUCCUGACCAGGGCUGUCUGUUCUUUGACCCCUACCCCACCUGUCUGCUGUCCCCCGGCUGGGAGUCCCCUCUGAGGGAACCGCCUAACUCCCGUCUCGGCUACCCCUCAACCCGGAGAGACCUCUCCCCCCGGGGACGCGCCUCACCUCGAUGGGACACCUCCCCGCUGAGGCCCAGCUCCCCCAACCUCACCCCCAUCCAGCACCUCUUCCCGGCCUGUAUGGAGAGGCCCCUGUCCCCAAGUGGAGUGGACCUGGCUGGGAGGAGACAGAGGGUGGUGCUCAGGGCUGUGUCUCCACGUAGAGGGGGCUCACAACAUAGAGACUCUGGGGAUAAAACCAGGCAGCAAGCCAAGGCUGAACUGGCCCAGCAGGGAGAAACCAUUGAAAUGGAUAUGGAUCAGAGGAGAAGCGUGCCUCCCUGCCUGCCUGGGUCCGCCUGCUCCAGUUGUCCCCGUCAGAACCUCUUCAGCCACCUCCCCCUACACUCUCAGCAGCAGGCUGGGACUCUCCUACCGAUGGUGCCUAUCGGAGGGAUCCAGGUACUGCGCGCUCUGCCCUCCUGCAGCUCUGACCGGACCCAUCUGUCAGCCCUAUCCCCUCAAAAGACUGAGCUCCACCAGGACAGCACUAAGGAGGGAUCUGUUCGUCUGGCAGCCCUCGGUGCAGAGGACUCAGGAGCCCGGCAGCAGGAGAGGGAGAGGGGGAUGGAGAGGGAGAUGGAGAGGGAGACCGGGAUGGAGAGGGAGAGGCUGUCCCCCCUCCAGACACCCCGGGACUCUGAGGAGGAGAACACCCCUGUCUCUGUCCUCAUGGUCAGGAACCCUAAGCAGGAAGAGGUUCUUCAGACCUGCACCAAGGCCAUCGCCUCCCUCAGGAUCACCUCUGAAGAGCAUCUAUAGACUGGGGUUGCAUCCCAAAUAGCACCCUAUUCCCUAUAUAAAGCACUACUGUUGACCAGAGGGCUCUCGUCACAAGUAAUGCACUAUAUAAGGAAUAGUGUACCAUUUGGGCCUUUCCUCAUAUGGGACGUUCUUUGGUGCUUCCUCCAGGAGCAGCUGAGCCCCCCCAUCCAACGUCCAGUCCUCAGCUAGCAUGGUUCUAGAUCAAUUAGCGCUGUCUUGACAACUGCUAUGGUCACACCAACUUCUCUGGUCACAUAUGAGUUGGCAUGACAGCACAAAUAGAUAUGGAACCAGGCUACGUCUACAGUUCCUCUCAACCUCAUUCCACUAGACAGGCAGGCAGGCAGGCAGGCAGGCAGACAGACAGACAGACAGACAGACAGGCAGGCAGGCAGGCAGGCAGGCAGGCAGGCAGGCAGACA